AGAAAGUUUUUUGGGAGAGGCUUCGGAUUACUCAUGAAAAACAUAUUAAAUAUUUUAUCUGUGUUAAGGAUUUAGCCACAUGUUCUACUAUUCGGUGAUAUGUGUGUGGUUAUGUGUUUUUGUAUACUUGGCCAGGUCCCAGGAGAAUGUCUCCAUUGACUCCUCAGAGAAUGAGCUGACAGUGAACAUAACCGGUGCUGACAGCAGCAAACAGUACCGACUCGGUUACGCAACCGGAACCGAGAACCUGACAUGGAUAGAUCUGGUAGGAGGCGAUGCUUUUACUUAUCUACACUACACAAUUAUUGGCUUAAGUCCUGGGGCCACUUAUCUAGUCAAGGUGGAGAAAUCCGGCACUGAAAUUUACAGUCAACCAGCCACGACAAAUCCACUCCAGCCUGUCAUUGUCAAGGUCACAGAGGCAGGGACAGAUUUCCUGACCAUCUCCUGGGAAACGGACACAAAAAGCAUUCAAGAUGGAGGCCAGGUGUUUCUUUCUUCCAAUGGCUCUCAGGUUCAAAAGUUCACGGCAGUCUCAGGAAAACAGGUCAAUGCCACCAAUCUACUACCGGGGGUUCAAUACUCCAUCACCGUGGUAUCAGUCAGCAAUGGAAAAACAAGUAAAGAAUCAGGGGCCAAGAUUGACAACACAGUACCUCUGCCCCCCACUCUAACCUCGGUACAGGCUGUGGAUACUAAGACCUUGAUGGUGGUAUGGAAGACAGAAGGAGGUCAUGAUGAUAUUUUCCUGACUGCCACUUACAAUGACACUAACAAUGCCCCGCAGACAGAGAAGCUCACCUGUAGAAUGUUGAUCCACCUCUGUCUGGUGGAUGUCCCGGGGAUUCCCGGUCAGAAGUUACUGAUCCAAGCCUACACCACUAAAGGACUGAGACAAAGUGCCCCUCACAGCACAUUUCACUCCACAAAGCCUCAGACAGUCCUGGGUCUGUUGGACAACUCCAGCUCCACCUCUCAUCUACACCUUACGAUCCUCCCCCCUACUUACUCUUACUUCAACCUAUACAAUAUAGAGGUGUUCAAGGAGAAUGGAUCUGAACUGCUGUUUGAUCAAAACAUCUCGCUAAGUCAUGACGAGACGGACAUAUUCCUGUGGAAUCUUACAGCCGGCACCUUGUAUAACUUUUCUGUUACAACUAGAACAAUCUGGGAAGAAAGUGACAUAUAUUCCACAGAAUUUGUUACAUACCCUAACAGUCCUGAACAUUUGCAGAUAAAAGAGGUCACCAACUCCAGUGUGACCUUGACCUGGAUGCCAGUGACCUCUGGAGGCCUGGAUUAUUAUCAGUGUAGUAUAUCUCCCAGGGAAACCAACACACAGUCUCCAGUCGAGCAAGAUAACCUUCAGAUCAGACAAGUGACCUUCAAUAACCUUGUCCCCGGGAAGAAUUACACUGUAGCUGUCCGAGCUGCCAAACAGAAAAAGCUAAGUCCCCAGAUCACAGCAGAAUUACUCACAGUUCCAAAUCCACCAGAGAUGGUGAACAUAACUCCUAUCAGCGGCAGAGAACUGGAUGUUGAUUGGUCACCACCAUCCAAUGGAAUUGUGGAUUACUAUACUCUGUACCUGACAGCAGACCACACCCACCCAAUAAAUGUAACAGAGAAAGUAUACAUAAGUUACCACAGGUUUACCUCCCUACACCCCGGGGAGACCUACACAGUCCAUAUCAGGUCACACGUAGCCAACAUGAUGAGUUCAGAGGUUACCCAGUCAGCCAUGACAAACCCCAGCUCUGUGGCUGAGUUGUAUGUGGAUCAUGUAGGAACUAACACAGUUAAUAUUUCCUGGCCAAGACCUAAUGGUAGUACAUUUGAUACCUUCCAGAUUGCUAUAGACCCCCCUCAUGCACAGUCUCCCAUUUCCAUCCCAGAAUCCAGUGACAUUUUGCAGUACACCUUCACUAACCUGACCCCUGGUCAGCUGUACAAGAUUUCCAUCACCACUGUCAACAAGGGCACUCAGAGUGACCAGGCCAGUGUUCAUGUUAUCACAGAACCAAUGCCUGUAGAAGAUUUGAAUGUGACUUCUGGUGACCCCCACACUCUCAAUGUGGAGUGGAGAACAGUUGACCCCAGACAACAACAUCACUUCAUUCUUCAGUACCAUGACUGGUUAGACAGUGGUAAUACAUCUCUACCCAUGGCUCUUGCUCUCCAUGAUAAAUUUAAGUACGAGACACACAUCCUAAAUCUGAGACCUGGUCACCACUACUCUGUGUACGUUCAGGCAAAACAGGUCUUGGAUGCAGGGAACGGCUCUCUUGUAGCCUACAGCUCCUGGCAGAGUGUCAACAAGACUACAAAGCCCAACAAGGUAAUGAAUUUGACAUACACCUCGUCCCAUAAUGACAUCACCCUGACAUGGUUGCCAGGCAACGACAGCAUACAGGAUAGUUACUUUGUCUGGUACCGGGCCCGUCUCCAUGGUGACUACAGUCAAUGGAAGAAAAACAUCAGUGACAAUACACAAAUCGUUCUCUCUUCUUUGUUCCCUGGACUCUUGUAUGAGAUGGUAGUGUUUGCUGUCAGCCAUUCUGAGAUGAGUCCGCCCUCAGUUGUGUCUGCACUAAUGCCUCCUCUACCUCCUAGCAGUGUAGAAGUAACAUCUGUCACCAAUAACAGCCUUUCUCUCAAGUGGACAUACAACAGUAACACAACCUACGUAGAGAGCUGGAAUCUCACUUACACCAGUCUGAUAGACAGUGUGUCUAACACAGUUAAUAUCCAGGCCAACUCAUCAAACAACACUGUUAUAUACAAUAUUACUGGACUUACUUCUGGACACACCUAUAAUAUCACUAUCUACAGUAUUGUGCAAAAUUCUGUCUCCAAGUCUGUGAAUUUGAAUGUCUCUGUCCAGCCAGAAAUAAAGACAGUUUUGUCUGAGGGAAAUGUUGGAAGUAAAAACAUCUCAGUCUUGUACACUGACACUGACAACUACUUUGAGUAUUAUGUGUUUGAGCUGGCGGCCACGUCAUCAAUAGUGAAGAAGAACAGAACUGACACAGAUCGCAGUGUGGUGUUCUCAGGUCUAGAGGGAGGGACCCAGUACAGUAUCAAAGUGACUGCUGUCAGUGGGGACCAGUCUAGUCCUCCCACUUUUAUACAGAUACGUACUGUGCCUGAGCUACCAUAUGUUGGUAGAGAGAAGUCAGCUAACUAUAUUAAGUUGACCAUCCAUAAACCAAAUGGAAAUGUUGAUUCGUACCGUGUAACGUGUUCUAAAAGUUGUGGAUCCCAAACAAGACUAGCAAACCAGACAACAGUUGUGCUAGAGUUCGGUCCCCUAAAUCCAUACACAGAUUAUCAGUUUGAAAUUGAAGCCAUUGCUGGGGAUAAACACAGCUCCCUCUUUAUCUCCUCCAGGACAGAAGAAUCAGCACCCUCUGCUGUUCAGAACUUGAAUGUGGUUGAGAUUUCACCCAGGACUGUAAAUGUGAGCUGGUCACCCCCUAGAAAUCCUAAUGGAAUCAUCCGUUCUUAUCACAUAGCAUACACUGCAGAGGAUGAAUUUGGGCACAUAAUGGACCAGGGUGAGAAGGACAUUGGAGUGACCACAGAACUUAUGGCUGCUCAGCUUAUCAGGGAGAAAUUCACAGACCUUAAGGCUGGACUAAAAUAUACUUUCAAAGUGUCAGCUAGAACUGUAAUAGAAAAUAUUCCAGAGAAGUUUGAAAUUGUUCUACGCACCUACAAUCCUCCUAUCAAAGACAGCCUGACCUUGAGUCAAACAAAACCAAAGCAGCUGACCUCAGGAGGUCAAACUGUGACCCCCUCCACCAUUACGGCCAACUUUACAAAUGCCUUCUCUGAUAAGUACGGCAGUAUACAGGCCUACACAGUCAUUAUAGCCACAGACCCUGAUGAGGAGCACAUCAAAACCAGCACCCUGCCUGACUGGAAGGCUGCCCAGAUCAACCCCAACAUCAAAGCCUACCAGACCAUUCGGAACUGCUCGGACUUCUUCCAAUUGACGUCUUCUUGCGGUCGAGCUCGGUCCAGGCGGAGCGUGGGGGAGAAGAAUUAUAAAGUGUUUGAGAUUGGUGUGGAGGCAGAUUGUAAUAAUGUGUUGUACUGUAAUGGUCCACUCAAACAGAACACUAAGUACUACAUCAGACUGCGGGCUUACACAGCGGGGGGAUACGCUGACACUGCUUAUUCAGAUCCUAUCACCACAGGGAUAGUCCCUGUCGCAGAUGAUGAAGCCAAUGUGGGAGCAAUCGUCGCAGCAGUCGUCUGUUCUGUCUUUGUCAUUGUCUUCAUCAUCGCCAUCUUCUUCUUCCGAAGUCGGUUACAGAAAAAGAGCCCAGAGGGACCACCAGGUCAUUCUCCCAGAACAAGCUUCAGUCGACACAAGAAAAGUCAUGAGUUCAAGGUGGCAGACUUCAAGGAGUACAUUAAGACAUUGUCAGCUGACUCGGAUUUUAAAUAUGCUGAACAAUUUGAGGAUCUGAAGGAAGUAGGAAGAGAUCAGUCCUGUUCUGCAGCAGAGCUCCCAGUCAAUCGGGGGAAGAAUCGUUUUACCAAUAUUUUACCUUACGACCAUUCCCGUGUCAAACUCCUCCCCACAGAUGAUGAAGAAGGAUCAGACUACAUCAAUGCUAACUACAUGCCGGGAUUUACAUCCAAGAGAGAAUACAUCGUGACACAGGGGCCACUACCUUCCACCAGGGAUGAUUUCUGGAGAAUGAUCUGGGAGCAAAACGUCCGUAAUAUUGUCAUGUUGACUCGCUGUACAGAAAAAGGCAGGGAGAAAUGUGAUCACUACUGGCCUACUAAUUCAGAUGCCAUGUUUUAUGGAGAUUUACAAGUGGCUGUUCUCUCAGAGACACGUUUCCCGUCCUGGACCAUCACAGAAAUGAGGGUAGCUUAUGGUAACGUCACUCGACCCAUCAGGCACUUUCAUUUCACCGCUUGGCCAGACUUCGGAGUACCAGAGAAGCCUCCAACACUGAUUAAGUUUGUACGCAUUGUUAGAGAUCAGAUGAUUAGAGAAUGUGGCCCAAUUCUGGUUCAUUGUAGUGCGGGAGUUGGAAGAUCUGGCACCUUUAUCGUGUUGGAUCGCCUGCUACAGGAAAUUAAAGAGCGUGAUACUGUUGACAUCUUCUCCAUUGUACACGAUCUGAGGAAGGAACGAGUCUGGAUGGUACAGACAGAGCAACAGUACGUGUGUAUACACCAGUGUCUACUGUGUGUGUUAGAGGGCAGAGAAGAGGAACAUGUGUAUCAGAAUGUAGGGAUAGCUAAUGCAGCAUUUGAUGCUGAUGAUGAAGGCAUCAAUGUAGAAAUCCCCUGAGAGGACCUCACUGCCAAACCAUCCUGGCUUUUCCCUGUAAGGGCCCCCAUGUCAUCUGAUGUAUAUGUCCUUAUUCCUACAGGAUUUAUUGUUUGGAAACUGAGUAUUUUCUCUUUACAAGGUGUAUUAAAUUUUGAAAACAUUUUAAAUUUACACAUUGCAGUUAACUCCCUUUAUGUAGAUUACAACAUUGCAGUUAACUCCCUUUUUGUAGAUUACAACUUUGCAGUAAACUCCCUUUAAGUAGAUUACAACGAUUUUUUUUUUUGUGGGCCCACUAAUAUCAGACUUUUUUUCAUAUUUCUUAUACUGCAUAAUCCCACCACAUUCCAUUAUAAACUGCCAGUAUAUAUGUGUUUUCUAAUUUUUUUUUCAUAUUUGAUAUAAAUUCAAUGUUUUUAACCGUUAAUAUGCUAAGCUUCUAUUUUUAUUGCGGUAGUGAUAUUACAUGAUGAGGUUGUGUAUUUACAGUUUAUUCUAUCAGAAUUGUUGGUGCUGUCAAUAUUGUGUACAUAUCCAUUCCAUAUCCAUGUAUAUUGUUUUAUUUUUAUGAUAUUUAUUAUAUUUAUUGUUUGACCAUGUUGUUCACUGUGUAUUUUUAAAAAUGUCAUUGAAAGUUAAAAACAUGAGGUAUUGUCACAGGUUAAAAAUGACCAAGGCACUUUAUGAACUAAAAAUCUUUGAUAUUAUUAAGAAUACAAAGUCAUGUACUUAAGAAGUUUUGACAUGAUGAACAAAAAGUAUAUUUUUUUAAGUCUUGUACUUUUCAUUUUUUUUUUCUGAAUAUUGUGCCAUUACAAUGUACAUGUAUUCAGUUUGGUUAGACUUGAUUUUCUGCAGAUCUAUGAAAGUUUUGAAUUAUUGUGCCUUAUGUAGUACUCCUGUAAAAUGAAGUCUCAAAUUGUUGGUCUGUUUACAAGAACAAAAGGCAUUAUGUAUUGAUAUUCAUUAAAAACAGGUUGUGUGAGAUUAGAUAUAUCUUUUUACAAACUGAUUAUGUAGUAUGUUCAGCAUUCCUUGUAAACUUUACAUACGUAUUUCUUUAAGUGGUGUUGAUGUCAAAUUUACAUCUGUAUAAUUUAUCUGUAAUUUUUUUAAUGCGAUUUAAGUGUUCCAAUGUGGACUAUUCUUUUUUUUUCAGAGAAAUUACAUUAAUAUGAUAUUAAACAUACAUCUGUAUGUGAAGUAGGAUCUGAUGGUAAUUCUCUACUUAAAUGAUUGGCUAAUCAAAGAAUUUGACUUGAUACAUAGACCCCUAUACAAUAUUACAUGAUAGCGCAUUAAUUCAGUGUAUUAAGAUAUCCCACUUGUUGCUGAAUUUGUCUGAUUUUUCACUUGGGUGUAUGUUUUGUUUCUGAGAUAUACACUUAUACAGUUAUCUGUAAAUAUACAUUUUCAAUUUUGGAUUUUUAUUAUAAUUACUCUUUCAUUUAAAUAAGUUAUAUAGAAAAUCUUAAUUAAGAAUAUUUUCAUGUUUUUAUCGAUUGUCUGUAUGUUUGUAGGUGUUGAGGUUGAAGUAUAAUGCUAUUAUUCAGGAAUUUCUCAGUAUAUUAUACAAAUAUAUAGAUAAUAUAAUGGGCAUUUAGGACCACUCAUUCCUCGGUCCUUGUAUGUAGAUGUAGUUAUCUUUUCUUCAGUACAUUUCCACAAAUUAAUACUGUUUGUGUGGUCAUAUGACAUACAAUGUAUUUAUGUGUAGUUGUAUUUUUCAAAGUGCUACAUGUAUAAGUUAGCGUAUUUAGCAUAUUAGUUCCAUUUUUUUUUUUAAUCCAUAAUCAAUGCCUGGAAGGAAAUGAAUUUUUCACUAGAUCUAGUCAGCUGUCCAUUUCUGACCUCAAGACCAAUUGUGCAGUUCAGAUAUUAAAAUAUAACAUCAAGUUAA